ACCAGCAACCAAACAGAAAUGCCAGCGAGAGCGAGCCCUCUUAUCCACAGACACAGUCAGUCUCCCUCCUUCCCAGCUUGUUGACUACAAGCUUCUUAAACAUUUCCUCAAUCUCAUUAUCUCUAAAAAGCUCAUUCUUAGCCUCUAGCUUGGAUGGCGACUCCCUUCUCUCCAGCGACAUCGCUUCGGUCCAUCUUCCAAUCCAAGCCAAACCCUCCCAAAACCCUCCUCUCUCUUCCAGGCUCUUCUCCUAGACUACACCACUGUGAUACUGCCGGUGUGAGCUUCUGGGCCUCUGCUUCUAACUACGCCGGUGCAUCCAAACUUUCUUGCAAGCCUAUUGUCGGGAAACAGUUGUUUCACAGGAGAAGAGGAGUGAUAAGGUGCGCAACCAUUGAAGAAAUCGAAGCGGAGAAGUCCUCCAUUGAAAAGGAUGCUAAAGCGAGGAUGGAAAAGACUAUUGAAACAGUUCGAACGAACUUUAAUUCUGUAAGGACUGGCAGAGCAAACCCAGCAAUACUAGAUAAGAUUGAGGUGGAGUAUUAUGGAAGUCCAGUCAGCUUGAAAAGCAUAGCUCAAAUCAAUACUCCUGAUGCAAGUUCUCUUUUGGUCCAGCCAUAUGACAAAUCCAGCCUUAAGGCUAUAGAGAAGGCCAUUGUCAGCUCUGAUCUUGGUUUGACUCCAAAUAAUGAUGGAGAAGUAAUACGGUUGUCCCUUCCUCAAUUGACAUCAGAAAGAAGGAAGGAGUUGUCAAAAAUGGUUGCCAAACAGGCUGAAGAAGGAAAGGUGGCACUGAGGAAUAUCCGAAGAGAAGCACUGAAAGCCUAUGAGAAACUGGAGAAGGAAAAAAAGCUCUCAGAGGACAAUGUGAAGGACUUGUCCAGUGACUUGCAGAAGCUAACCGAUGAGUAUAUGAAGAAGAUUGACACCAUCUUCAAGCAAAAGGAAAAGGAAUUGCUGAAGGUUUGACCGUUGUUUGUGCACAGAUGUAAUGGGUGAAUUUCUGCUUUGAGUUUCCAUUUGAGGACAAAUUUGUGAUGUGCAGUGUCUAUAACUAAUGAGAAAGGCACUUCAGAAAUUAAUAGGAUAGCAGUGGAUAUUUUGAAUGAGACAUGAAAAAGAGCCUUUUUGUAAGUCAUAUGUAUAGCAGUUUUCAAAAUUUUUCCUUGUUAUAUUGUCUCAACAUAGCUUAAAAUUCAGUCAAUUCUCAUGAGUAUGGAUCCUUUUCA